CUCCAGAGUAAAAACAUUUUCAUAAUCCCAAUGACACUAACCUACCGGAAGAGGUCCAUAUUAGAGGGAAACCUCUGUGAGCCAUACACCACAGGGCUGAGGGGGAUGCAGCUUCAAAUCAACUCUCUCAGCCUGCAGGUUGCAGACAUGCGUCACUGAGCGCACCAUCCGGACGCAGCAGAACUGUCAGCACGAUUUUUCUCUUCACCUCAUCAUGGAGGAUCAGGCUGGUGCAUCAUGGGAACCUAUCUUCAGCGGAACAGGCACAAUAUACGAGAAUUGAAGGGUUGUCAUGGAGACUGGCAGCUACACCUCAGGCCCGGCCACCACUGAUUGGGUUGGAAUGCCAGUAGCCCUGGAGGGUAUGGAGAUCCAUCAGGAUCAGGAAGGAGAUACCUUACCUAUCAGUGCUAUGCCCUGGCACAUGCCCUUCUCACUUGGUUUCCAGGUAUCGCUCACUGCCUUCCUCAUGCUCGAGCUGGUGCUUGGGUUCAGCAGCAACAUGACUGUGCUGGUGCUCUACUGCUCUCAGUCUAAUUUGGUGGACUCAGUGAGCAACAUGGUGACAGUCAACCUGCAUGUACUGGAUGUUGUGGUGUGCUUACUCUGUGUUCCCCUUACUCUUGUGGUUGUCCUGCUGCCACCAGGACCCAACCUGGCCUUAAUUUGCUGCUUCCAUGAGGCUUGCAUCACAUUUGCCAGCAUUGCCACAGCCAUUAACAUCCUGGUUAUCAGCCUAGACCGAUAUGACAUCUCAGUGCGACCAGCCAACAGACUGUUGACGACACGCAGAGCAGCACUGCUUCUCACUGCUGUCUGGGUCACCUCAGUUGCAGUGUUUUUCAUGCCAUUUUUGGAGGUCCAGUGGUCCAGUGCAACAGAACCACAGGAAACAAGUCAAGCAACCACUUCACGUGUAAGUGGAACAGCUGUGCCAGCAUGGUUCAACAUGACCCUCCUAUGUGUUGGUGGUCAGGGCUAUUACACAGGUUUGGGCAUGUAUUACCAUCUCAUACUACAGGUACCUAUCUUCUUCACCACUGUGGCAGUCAUGUUGUUCACUUACUCCAGAAUACUGAGAGCUCUGAACAUCCGCAUCGGCUCGCACAUGAGGAAAAGCCAGCGCAGCAGGGGGCGUCACAAGAGACAGAAAGAGACAAAGUCAGGACCUAGAAGGAAUGAUGAAGAGGCAGGAGGGGAACAGUGCACUGCUGAUGGUACCAAACAGCUCAGCCAUCCCCCACUCAUUCCAUCACCAUCUCCAACCCCUACAGCUACCUCUCCUCCCGCCCAGUCCUCGGCCGCUCCUCUCAUUGCCUCUGAGGCAGGUGCUGCUGCUCCCCCGCCAGCCAUGAUGGGGGUCCAGGCCUCCGUCUCAGCAAUAAUAGCUCUGCGUAGGGCAGUGAGACGCCAUCGAGAUCGUCGUGAACGCCAGAGGCGGGUGUUCAAAAUGUCCCUCAUCAUCAUCACGACUUUUCUUGGCUGUUGGGCCCCACUUUCUGUCACCAACAUUUUGAUCUUAAGCAUCGGCCCCAGUGACGUACUGGUUAGCUUACGUCUCUGGUUUCUGGCACUUGCUUAUGGCACAACUGUUUCCCACCCCUUGCUCUAUGCCUUCACUCGACAGAAACUGCGCCGCGCCCUUCGUGCCAAAGUUAAGAAGCGAGUGGUCUCUCUGCUGCAGGUAGACCCAUCCCCAGGUGGAACUGUGAUACACAACUCUUGGGUGGAGACUAGAAAAACCAGCCGACAGGUGCGGCUCGAAGCCAGUGAAUGUACAGAACGCCACCUGGCUGAAGCCCUUUGAGGCUGAGACUCAUGGGUGCAGCUGGAAAAAUGAAAAGGCAGAAUAAGGUCGCAGGUGCGUUCUAUUAGGAAAUUUGCCCUUGUAAGAAAUGUGAAGAGCAAAUUUUUACCUCUGGGAGCAGUAAAACAACCAGCAGGACCUGGCUAAACAUGACUCCAGUCGCCACAGGCAACAUUUGAAGCAGAAUGCCAUCUUUACACUGCAAAAUACUUCCAAACGAACAAAUGAGGCUAAAUCAUUUGUGUUUGUCAAAUACUAAGGUUCAUGUAGAAACACAGAGUCUUUACAUAACUGUUCACAAGAAUGUGUUUCUCUAGAGAAAGAUCUGAUCUGCUCUCCCACUCAAAUGAUCUUAUGUUCAUCCACUUAUCAUCAAAUCAAUAUUAUUCCUUCUUUUAUUUUACAGGAGAAACCUUUAGGAAGCAAAUACACAUAAACAACGAAGAAGAUUGUUAAAGGAUAAACAGUGGUCAACAGACAAGGAUAGUUUCAGAAGAUGGUAAAAUAGUAAAAUAAGCAAUGCAGUUUGGUUUAAGCUUACACAGUCUGAUAUAAAAGGGUUUAUAUGGGAGUUUGCAUCACUGUUUUAUAUUACUUUAACUCCUUUUCUUCCUAUUUUUUAACUUGUUGUGUAAUAUCUUACUAGAACUUGCAGACUAGCUGAUCCCAGCUCCUCUUCAUUCCUCUGAAUGCUAACCCAUGCAGUGCCUUGCAUUGUCUCCACGUUUCUCCACAAACCGCAAUGUAUUUACCUUACGUGACAGAAACACACAAAGUAGUUUGUAACUGUAAAAGAGAACAAAAUUUAUAUGUGUUUAUAACAUUUUCUAAUAAUUAGAAAAAAUGUGAUGGUGAUAUGCAUUUGCUUUACUCUGUCCCUCUAAAUAAAAACAUUGCUACUCAAAUGCCUUUAAAAGCUAUGCCUAAUUUGUUAGAAUCUGAUACAUACAGAUAAUUUGGUUAAGGCCUUCAAAGUUUGUUAGAGAAAAUGAGUAAACAAACACCUUCAAAGUUGUAAGUUGGCAUAAUAUGACCCGGUUAAAGAAGAGUGAAUACUUACCCAUAGCACUGUAGAAACUGGCUAUUAAGUUAUAUUUAUUCUAUGUUUUAUUUUUUCAGAUUCAAAGUAAGCACAAGAGGACGGUCUUGAUUUAAAGAUGAAAUUUGAUUUGUACACAUUUGAAUUGAUGAAAUGACUAAAGUGCAAGUUCCCUAAACGAUGACCUCCUUAAAUGAUAUUUGACCAUUAUUGAGUAGAGGUCUGUAGAUCAUUGGUGCAAUUCCCUCUCGAAGGAGCAUGCAUGUACAUGAUGUAAAUAAAACCCAGUUGAAAUCUUCUCAGCAUGAAUUCUUCAAUCAAAACCACUUGUUCUAAAAGGGUUUUUAGGCUGACUUAGAGGGAUAUUUCAGUUGCCUCUACCAUACGCAGCAAGCACCGGACUGAAACUGGAUCCUGUUUAAUGGGAUCAAUAGGACUAUUGUUGAUGUUAUUUAGACAUGUGGUUGCUGCUGACUUUGUUCCUCCUUCUUACGUGCCCAAUUUUCUUAUGAUGUACUCACACUAGAGUCAUGUAAGCUGUUGCAAUGCAUUUUUUUAUGUGUUCACAUGGAAAAUGCAUAAUACUGUAUAUUGUUUUAUACCAUGGAUAUGCUAUCUUUAUGUGUUCUCUAUGGUGUGGUUUGAUAGUGAAUGUAUAAAAAAAUGGGAUUAAUAACAUCA